UUUGUGCAUUGCACGAGCGCCCGAUGAGUUCACGUGGGAGUGCGCCGCCUAGUGUCCACGCGCAGCGACCAGCGACACUCUGGGAGGGGAAGCAGAACAAACUGUAAGCUGCUGGCGGAUCCAUCUUGCUCGAAACAGAGGCGAGGGGGAAGGCUUUUUUCUUCCAGUUUAGUAUAUAAAAUACUGUAUAGUUCCCCGUGAACUACGCUGGGGAGCCCGAGGAGGGGCUGUGCGCCGUUUGUAGGAUGUCCCGACAUGAGGGUGUGAGCUGUGAUGCGUGUUUAAAAGGGAACUUUAGAGGAAGACGGUUCAAGUGUUUAAUUUGCUACGACUACGACCUGUGCGCAUCGUGCUACGAGAGCGGAGCCACAACAACAAGACACACCACAGAGCACCCCAUGCAGUGUAUAUUAACCAGGGUAGACUAUGACUUGUACUAUGGAGGAGACACUUUUUCAGUAGAGCAACCGCAGUCAUUCACAUGUCCUUACUGUGGCAAGAUGGGCUAUACAGAGACGUCCCUACAGGAGCAUGUCACCUCAGAACAUGCAGAGACUUCCACAGAGGUGAUCUGCCCAAUAUGUGCUGCCUUGCCAGGGGGGGACCCCAACCACGUCACAGAUGACUUUACAGCUCAUCUCACACUUGAACACAGAGCGCCAAGAGAUUUAGACGAGUCCAGCAGCGUUCGACAUGUACGCAGGAUGUUCCACCCUGGAAGAGGUCUGGGCGGUCCCAGAGCACGGCGGACAAAUAUGCACUUUACUAGCGGCUCCACAGGCGGACUGUCAUCCUCCUCAUCACAGAGCUCCACCUACACCCCCAGUAACAGAGAAGCAAUGGACCCAAUCGCAGAGUUGUUGUCUCAGCUGUCAGGUGUGCGGCGUGCAGCAGGGGGGCAAAUAAACUCAUCAGGGCCUUCAGCCUCGCAGCUCCAGCAGCUCCAGAUGCAACUGCAGCUGGAGCGGCAGCAGGCUCAGGCAGCACGGCAGCAAGUGGAGACGGGACGCCACGCGACACGGCGCGGCAACAACCCAGGCAACACCGGCACCGCCAUCCCUCCACCCAACACGGCAUCUGCCAACACUGCCGCUGUGGGGGAAAACAACCCCUCAUCCUCGUCCCACAACUCCCAGUUCCUAUUAGCACGGUUGAAUGAACCUAAGAUGUCUGAAGCAGAGCGGCAGUUUCUAGAAGGAGAGCGCGCCGACCGCAGCCUGUUUGUCCAGGAGCUGCUUUUGUCCACGCUGAUGCACGAAGAGAGCUCCUCUUCUGACGAGGACGAGCGGCGAGACUUCGCCAGCUUCGGAGCUAUGGGCUGCGUGGAUAUCAUGCCUUUAGAUGUGGCGUUGGAGAACCUCCAGCUUCGAGAGAGCAGCUUUACGGGGAAGGAGCCUCCGCCGCCGCCUCUUUGAUGUCCGAGCAUCGAGCAGACUGUGUCCUCUCUGCUGCAACUGUCAGUGAUGGGCAGCAAACAGCAGCAGUCCUCCCUGGCCUCACCCUCCUUCCUCCCCCCUCUAUUUUCUGAGUUUGUUUUUGGUGAUUGUAAUUUCAGGCCUGUCACCAUUUUUGUUACAUUGUAAGCAAAAAUAAAUGAGAGCAAGUGGGAUAAAUGUGCGAGUGCGCAAUAGCAACUGAGUGAGCGAGCGAGAGAAGAGAAAUAUAUAAAUAUAUAUAUAAAAUAUAUAUGAAGUUGAUAAUCAAUCCACAUAACGUUUCUUUUCUUUAUCAGGUAAACGUCACAGGCAGCUGUGGCAGACCUUUGCUUCCUGUGACAAACUGCUCUACGUAUAAAUACUCCACAUUCAAAAGUCAAGAGGGCAUAGGCUCCUCCGAUGAAGCUGCUGUGUGUGUUUAUGACUAUUAAUAAAUAAAAAGUGCUUGGAUGGGUUACCAUAACUACUGCAUGCAGUUAUUUGCAGCGUGCAUGACCUUUAAUGACCCCGUCAUUAAAACCUUUUGUUUUUAAGAUCCAAAGCGUUCAACUGUUUUAAAAUGAGAUUUCAAACAUGGUUCAUUUUUGGAAAUUUACAGAAAUGUAACGUGUUAGGUUUUCUUUGGACGAGCAUUUAUAAUGAAGAGGACACAAUUGGAUUCUGCAGCUUCUGAAAAAUGUCUGCGACGUGUCUCGGCUCCAGAACGCCUUCGCCGUCUGAAUACGUCGAUGACUUCAUGCAUCAGAAUGAUGAAGACGAGCAACAGAAGAGAGCUUGCCUCUGAUUUCUUCCUGGAUGUUUAUGUUUAGUGACAAGCUGCUUAGGCACGGUAUACUUUUAUUAUUUGUAGAUGAGUACAGUUGCUCCUUCACACUAGUUUCAGGCAUUCACUCUGCUGAUGUACAGGCCCGGUGACGCACCACAUGCUUUAGACGCUUGUUUGGAUUUCUUCGCUGGGUAACGGGAGGGUGAGACUCCACGCUGCAGUUUUGUUUUCUUAUUCUUUCUGCUAAGGUUAGCACUUUCUAUUUAUUCAUGUUUGUUUUCUGAGCCUUCAUAUGAAUCAUACUUUUACCCUCUAUGUAAAAAUACAAUGAGAUGUAUAUUGAGUUUGUGCGUUAACUUUCAUAAAGACAUGGGCAGACCUCUUUUUUUUAAAUGUAAUUUAGAAUGCAAUAAAUAUAAACUGCGCACAGCUUCUGAUGAAACCAAGAGACCGUCACACUUUUGCACCUUGUGUUGUGAGAUAUUUGUGUUUGUCACAAUAAUUCGAUGGUACGUAAACGUCUGCUUGAAGAGGAAGGAUGGGAACAUUUACGACUUCAGCCUCUAACAUGUUUUUUUUAACCCUCUUUAGCAUUUCUAAGUAUAUAAAUAUUGAAUAAACUGUUUAUAAAACUAUAA